GGCUGUUGCCGGAUGUUGUCAGUCGCAGCUUUGAGCAGUAGCCGCUGUUUCACGUUUCCGUGGACGGUCUUCUCUAGAACUUUCCCGUAGCACCGUGAAGUCCCAGGCACAGCGAUGGCAACUGAACGCAGUUUCCCUGAUAGCCAAAUUGACGAGGAUCCAGAGAAAGCUCUAGAGGCACUGAACAAAGCCCUGCAGGAAGAGAAAGACAAUGCUGAGUGGUUCUGCCAGCGUGCCUAUGCCCACAUCCUUCUGAAAAACUACACUUGUGCAGUUGAUGAUGCCAGGAAAGCUCAACAAUUAAAACCUAAUCUUCCACAAGCUUUUAUGCGCACAGGAAUAGCAGAGUACCACUUAAACCAUCUGGAACCGGCACACGCAGCCUUCACUCAGGGACAGCAGCUCGACGUUUCGGACAAAUCCUUUGAGGUCUGGAUCAAGCGUUGUGAAGAGAAAAUGGGAGAAGAAAAACAGAACGGCGAUGUACCCAAGCAACAGCCAGCGGCACCUGUAGUAAAACACGACUGGUACCAAACAGAAUCUCAAGUCAUUGUCACAGUGAUGGUGAAAAAUGUUCCCAAGGAUGGUGUCUGUGUCAGCUUUACGGAAAGAGAGCUCUUGGCCACAGUACGACUGGCUUCAGGGGACAACUACAACCUCAAUCUUCACCUCCUUCAUCCGAUCGUCCCUCAACAGAGCACCUUCAAGAUCCUGUCCACCAAGGUGGAGAUCAAGAUGAAAAAGACCGAUGCCAUCAGAUGGGAGAAGCUGGAGGGAGAAGGACAAGACUCCAACAUCAAACAUUUCAAUCCCCAUCAGUACCCAUCGUCAUCUCACUACACUCAGAAAUGGGACAAAAUGGUGGUGGACCUAAGCGAGGAGGAGAAGAAUGAGAAGCUGGAAGGAGAUGCAGCACUGAACAAGCUUUUUCAACAAAUCUACUCGGAUGGCACAGAUGAGGUCAAACGCGCCAUGAACAAGUCUUUUAUGGAGUCGGGCGGCACAGUUCUCAGCACCAACUGGACAGAUGUUGGAAAGAGAAAAGUGGAGAUGAAUCCUCCAGAAGAUGUGGAGUUUAAAAAAUACUGAUGCUUUGGUUUGUGUGUCUUUGUGUCUGUUUUCUCUCAUUUUACACUCGGUGCACCUGAAAUUAGCAGCCUCCAUGGUUGAUUCGUUUCGCUCUGAACAAAACCACCCGUGGCCUGCUCAUGGCCAGCAGGGGUCACAUCAUUUGAAUAAUCAGUUCAGGAGAUCAUUUUGCAUGAUUUGCUUUGUGAUGGUUUUCAUACUGACAAGAACAGACUUAAAUGGAAAAUAUUCCCCAACAGAAACACCCACUGCCUUUCUACUUGGAGCCUUUUCCCACACACACUACCACAUUACUCUUGUAAAAAUGUAAUAUUAAGAUUGGAUAUCUUUAAACUAUGGUUUCUUGGCUCAUUUCCUGUCAGUCAUCUUGUGGUUCAGCACCUGUUACUCCCUUCGACUUCUGGUGUAAAUAAAAGAUUCAAUGUUUGGCUCAAAGUAA